CGUUGUUCCCGCCCUUUCUCACUUCAUCUUCUUGCAUACUCCUAACACAGAUUUUCUGCUUCUAAAUCAAAAUCAGCAUCAACAAAACACAAAACACAGUCAGAUCAAAUUUCAUUUCUUCUUAGCAAGUUUACUUGCACCAGAGGAAGUAACGUAGUAGCACCUUCUUCCUUUGCUAGUUUCCCCCACAAAAAAAGUUUGCGUCUUUUGAACCUCUUAUGGCAUUUCAACCCAAAACCGAACCUGGGUCCUUGCCUUGGUCCGUUUCUACCUCCAAUAAAAAAGAAUACGGUGAAAUGAGCAUAUCCGAGCUAGUUUCUGUGCUGCGUAUUGCGUAUAAAAUUGUGGAUUUUGAUAAAAUUGAUAAAAUUGAGCAAGAGUUGGUAAAGAGGGAAGCAAAACAUAGGGCGGAAAUUGGGCCACUCCGGGAGAAGAUUGAGCUGGAGAGGCUCAACAGAAUUGAAGUCGAAGAGAGACUGAAAAUCAGAGAGGAGCAAUGUGAAGAGGGGAAGAGAGCCCAGGAGAAUUAUGAGCAGUUGUUGGAGAAAGUGAAAACAGGUGGCUUGGUUGAAAAACAUGCUACUGAGGAGUUAAGGAAAAAGAACGUUGCUUUAGAACGUGAAGUGUGUGAGCUGAAGGAGUUCAGGAAAAUAAUGCUAGAUGAGAUGAAAUCUGUGGCUGAACUAAGGGACACGAUCCGUGUGUUGAAGGAGGAGAAGGUUGGGGACAAGAAUGCUCUUGAUGCCCUUAACAUGAAGAACAUUGAAUUGGAGGAAGCAGUUGAGAAGAAUUUGAAGUUGGAGAAGAGAUAUCGUAAACUCCGUGCCAGAGUUAUGAAGUUGGAAGAGAAUAUCAUGCUUUUGAUGUGUGAAAAUCACACUGAAGUGGAGCUUAAUCCUGCAGUUUCUUUCGCUGUCAAAGACGAAAAGGAUGUUCAGUCUCCCAAAAAAGGGAACAAGGAAGAUGCUGUAGGUGCAUUAGGUAUGGAAAUUAAAAUUCUUGCGCUUUAUGUUCUAUUAUAUUUUGUUUCCUUAGAAAACUGCAAGUCAUCUCUUUUUGUGUUUUCUUCCUUUCUACUGAUAACUUUUUCCUUCAAAUAA